CUCAGAGACACAUUGCCAGGUUGUAGCGCACACACAGGCUACAGUGGGGCCAAGGCUGACCAGCAAUGGGGGCCAUCAAGAUGGAGAAGUAUUCCGUUUUUGCUGUCAUUUUGUAUGCUGCGUGCCUAUGCAAGGUCUUGGGAUACCCAUACAAUGAUGUCUCCAUAGCUUGUGACUCUAUGUUGCCAGAUCGUGGAAGUGGGCCACAGAGGUCUCCACCACCUUAUGUCAUUUCAGUAUCAUUUGAUAGAUAUGAUCCUGGAAAUGAAAUACAAGUGACUUUGGAAUCAACUUCACCAUUUGGAUUUAAAGCAUUCAUGGCACAGGCUCGAGAGGUUGAUGGAAAUAUUCCUGUGGGUAUGUUUCGCAUCGUAGAUCCAAACACACGAGGCCUUCCAUGUGCCAAUGUUUCGAAUUCAGCAGUAAGCCAUAGAGGUUCGAAUGUCAAGCACAGAAUCCAAACAAGUUGGAUUGCUCCUAUGGGUACUAGAAGAAUUCGGAUAAUGGCAACUUUUGUUCAAGAUUAUAAUACCUAUUGGGUUGGUGUUCAUAGCAAGACUCUCUCACCCAGAAGUUUUGACAUAGCUAAUGAUACUGAAUCCUUCAAUGAUACGACAACAACCAAUACCUCAGACGUAGCCAAUAUUACCUCCGUGAUCUCCAAAAUCACUGUAGACUCUGAAACACCUGAUGAGGAACUGGAAGAAUUGGAUUUCAACAACCUCCUUCCUGAGGCAGAGGCUAAAUUUGAGCCCCCAGUCAAGGCUAAGAAAACAGAAGAUUUCCAAAAUGCAAACGCCAUAAGGAAAAGCAGGAGGAAGUCUGUUGUGACUUUCGAUAUAAAUUGUAGUGAGGGUGGAACAUACCAAUCCAGCAGUGGUGGUUGUGUCAAGAAUGUUCAAGGUUCAUCUUACAGCAGCAGCAAACCGUCUGAAGUUAUUGUGAUUACACAAGGAAAGGGCAGCAGCAGCGGCGGCAGCAGCAGCAGCAGUGGAUGCAUUGGGGGCAAACUCGCAAGUGUAUACAACAAAUAUGGUUGUGGAGAUGCUGGAACGGACAUUAGUGGCCAGUCUUCAUAUGGCCAGUCUUCCACCAAUGCAGGCAGCAAAGUAAAGGUGUACACCUACCCCCAGAGCAACCCCUUCCCCCCGGAGGUAAACACUUUUACAUUGCCAUGUUUUAACUUUAAGACAGCAGGGUACAAAUCCAACCAAAUACGACAAAGUCAAAACUUUAUUCUGUGUGACUCAUUUCUAUCAGGACUAGUUUUUCAAGCUAAUAAUGCAAUUUUUGUUUUGUUUUGUUUUGUUUUCUCAUCCCAACAGCGUGAAUCUACUUCAUCGAAAUUUGCAAAUCCCAAAUACAAUGGAGCCAUCUACUCCAAGGGUUUAAGACCUCAGAGUGGUUCAUCUGAAACCAUCCGCAUUACUGUCCAGAGUGGACAAGGCAGCCCAGCUUGUGAUAAGAGUUCAACCUCUUACAACAUCCAGGCUUGUAACCAGCUGGGUCAGUCUUCAAGCUCACAGAGCAGCAGUUCCUUUGGUGCACAGAGUGGAAAAUUUUCACCAAGCAGCAAUUCUAUAUACAGUCAGGGUUCAAGAACUCAAAGUGGUUCAUCAGAAACUGUCCGGAUUAUUGUUCAGGAUCAGCCUUCAGGUUCACAGGGUGGCGGCACUUAUGGCAUACAGGGCCAGUCUUCAGGCUCACAGAGUAGCAGCUCCUAUGGCACACAGGGUGGAUCCUAUUCAAGUGGAGGCAGCCCUUGUGGUCAGGGAACAACAUAUGACAGCAAUCCCUGCCAUCAGAACCAAGGCUCAUCCUCCUCUUCCUCCUCUUCAUAUUCUUCCUCUUCUUACGGCAACCAGGGACAAGCAUCUUCCUAUGGCAACCAGGGUAGUUUACAAUAUCAAGGCAACAGCAAUGGUUGUAAUUCGGGAUCUUCUUCACAAAGCAGUUACAACAACCAGGGCCAAUCAUCUCCCUACGGCAAUCAGGGGGCUUCUUCUUACAACCACAAUAGGUGUUGAGUGAAAAGUACAUGAAAAUAGAAGAAAAGUUUUGAAUUGAACAAGAAAACACAAAUGAGAAGCCAUGAAUAUUACUUCAGUAUAGGAGGAGGACUGGAGUACAUCCAACACUGCAGAAUUACAAACCCAUUGCAGAAUUACUCUCUGUGUGUAUUGUUUCCCUGGCUCAUGAGGCUACUGAAUAGAAGAGUUCAUAUUUGCAUAAGUCAACAUCUCAGUGGAAAUGCUUCAAAAUAAAAAGAAUACUUCUCUUAUUACAACACUUUUGAGUAUUCUCAUUUUUGAUGUAAGCCUUUUAAUAUUCUGUUUGCCCUGCUGCCAAGUAAAGUUGAUUUCAUUGUCACGAAUCAACAUCCUAAGUGCAAACUAAAUCUGAGAAUGUCUGAACUAGGUAAAAUGAUGGCAAUCCUUGAGCUACCUCAAUCAAAAUAUUAAUGGAAAAGGAUAUAGAGAUUCGGUCUUAAAAGCGAAACAUGUGUAUGAAUGAGAAAAUGUGCUUAAAUGGUUCCCUUGCUCACAAUCUGCAUCUUCUAUUUAGUCCUUCCCUUGAACUGUGUACCUGAAGUUGGAGAUCAUGACCACUAGAGGAUUGUAUAGGACACAUCUUCAUAUUGGGUAGAGAUCGGUUUCUUUAAUGUCAUCGUUUUGAGCAGAAUUGGUCUAUAAAUUAAGCCCAGAAUUCUGCAUUGUAUACUUAACUAUGUAAUCCGCUUUGUUUAUAUAGCUUUGUAGUGUUUCCUAAUCUAACUUCACCAAUCCUCACUAACCACGCAGGGGGCUGUUUCUCUGUCAGUCUGGAAGCAACCGAGUGGUGUUCCUAUCUCCUUCUAUGAAUUGCCAACAAACUGUCAGAGUUUGCAAAUUAUCUACCCCCAGCCCCUUUUACAGCAGCAUGCAUAGACAAACUCUAUGGUAGUCAUCAGCUGCCCAAUCCCAUUCUCCCCUUAGCAUACUUGCCUUCAUUAGAAUUGGGCUGUUGUUUUAUUACUAUUUUCAGUUCAAGCUAUGUGCCAAUGUUGCUAUUUCUGUUAGGUUUUCUGUUCU